CUUUUCCUCGGCCUCCUCCACCAUUGCCACGAGUUUCCCCCAGGAAGUUCCGCCAUGGCCAAGUGCAACCCUGCAAAAGAAAAACACAUUGAUUCUCCUCCUUGUGGGCCGCAGCGGUGUUGAGGCGCCGAAGGGAUGGCGCAUGCGUAUCACCUCUACCUCCUGACAUCCAGAGGAAGGAGAAUUAUUGAUUUGCUCUUCUGCCGCUGUAAUGUUACAUCAUGGUGAAAAGCAUGUUGCAUUCUUCCUUCUCAUUAACUGCUGCAUUAAUUCUAUAGAUGGUACCUUUGAGGGGAGCAUUUCUGGUGAUCAAUACUGAAGAAAUACGGCCUUUGGCAACUUGGUCUCUCCAGUCUUACCGUGGGUUCAGCAGCCGCUCGAGCCUUCAGUGUGGGUUGACGCAGUCUCGAGUGUGCACGUGUAGUUCUCCGUCUCGCUGGUUUGAGCGCUUGACGUAGAGCUUUUCUCUUGCCGCACUGAGGCUGCGAGCCACGUUGAUUUUAACGAGGUGAAUUUAAUACCAAUUCAGUGUUGUUGUAGCUUGUUAAUGACGCUACCGAUAUACCUCCUUAGGGUAGCUUCAGUAAAUACAGCAAUAGGGUUGAGUGAAAAGGGAUAUACCAGGUAGUAGUGCAUCGCUUACAUAGCACCAGUAGCUCUGCGGUUACAGAUCUGGUUAACAACUUGAACUGUGUCACCAUGGGGGAUUAUCACCAGAGAGAAAUCUAAUUAUCUCCAGAGGAUAAACAGACAAACACCCCGAAGUGCUCAGACGAAAGACCGCAAAAAUCAGUGCAUCAAAUGAUUCCCAAGAGGAGUCCCCGAGACCUGAGGGCGAGACAGCUGAAGAUGACACGCCCGCUGCUGCUGCUGCUGCUCACAGUCGUCUUGCUCCUGGGAGGGAGUGAGGCGUACGACCCCGAGGCGAGCAUCACUGGGCUGUACACAGGACCAUAUUUCGACCCUCUGGCCCCUCGCAACAUGACGGCACACCUUGGGGACGAAGCGACACUCCCCUGUACCGUCAGACAGCUGGGCGACAAAUCGGUAUCGUGGGUACGGAUGCGAGACGCGGAUAUCUUGACGGUGGACCGGUACACCUUCGUUGGGGACGAGAGGUUCGAAUCCCACUACUCGACGACAACAGAGACUUGGAACCUUGUUAUCAAAUACGUACAAGAGAGGGACGCGGGGCUGUACGAGUGUCAGGUCUCCACUGAACCCAAGAUGAGCCAACUCUUCAGCCUCAGGGUCGUUAUUCCCAAGGUGGUGAUCGUGCCGGUAGGAGACAGAUACGUGAAGGCUGGUAGCACCGUCAGGGUAGACUGCCAGAUCACCGACGUGGUUCAGAUCCCGGACUAUAUCUUCUGGUACCACGAGGACAAGAGGGUUAUGGACAGGCGUGACCCGAACCUAUUGGUGACGGUGAAGCGGACAGGGGUAGAGGCCAUGACCUCCACCUUCACCAUCCACAAGGUGCGGCAGGAGCAAAGUGGCAACUACACCUGCAUGCCCUCCAACCUCCACGCGGCCUCCGUCACCCUCCAUGUCCUUAAUGAGAAGCACCCGGCAGCGAUGCAAGGUGAGCGCAACGACGCAGGCGCAGUAGAGGCUAAAAUACACAUCACCCUCGUCGUCCUCCUCUUUGUCCUCAUCUGCAGCGUGUCCUUCGGCCUUAAUGAAGAAAGUAAUGAGUCGGCGGCAAAGAAGAGGACCUUGGAUCUUUCCUCAUCAUCAUCUUCCGAGUCUCCAGUAGUCUCCUCCUCUUCUUCCUCCUCCUCCUCCUCCUCCUCAGGAUCCAUCCUUACUACUGACUCCUUCACCUCUCCCAACCACCACGCCCUCUCCGCAAUUGUUUUUGAUGGUGAGGAGCCGAAGACAUCACCAGUCCUUCGGGAACUCCUAAAAAUCGACGUUCUUCACUUGGCCAAAGAAGUGCUCGCCCAGCUGGAGGGUCAGGGGGCGGGGGUAGAAGAGCCUGGUCAACUUUCACCACUGGCUCCUGUAGGUGCUGGUGACACAUGCUUGGGGGCUCCAACACGUCCACACUUGGCCAGGACUCGAGAGAUACUUGGCUUGAAGGGUCAUCCUUUAACGUACUUCAGGCAGCGGCAGGAACCCCGAGUAGAAGCCCUUGACGAAGGUUCUGCUCAGCUUUGUAAGGGAGAAGAGGAUGUAGGAGGAGCGACACUUCAGAUGAACCACACCGAGAUAACUACUGACCCCUCGCAGCAGCUGCACCAGCAGGAUUCAUCCGUCGUCGUCUCGAACACCAACUGGAGCUUCGGUCGAUGGGCGUCAGUAGUGAGAUGUCGGUGAUCAGCGCAGCCCCUCCCUAAACAUACUCCUGUACAUACUAUGUGUAAAUAUAUAACAUGAUUUUUAUGUGUACAUAUAGAGUCGUACAAAAUAUCGUUCCCUGUUAGGAGUUAGCAGUGGAUAAAUCAUGGGACAGUGUCGUUUUGUAAAACAUUUAUAAAGACUUAAGACCAGAUGAAUCCAGGCCGUGAGUGGCUGAGUCUGGCGGAGGGAGUGAUGAUUUCACUCAACAGCUGCUGUACAUAAACAAUCUCUCGCUAGUCUUGAUCCAAAGAGGCUCUUGGUGUGGCUUUUUUUUAUCAUGUAACUUUUGAGUCUUCUGAAACAUUAUUUAAAAUAUCUCAAGGCUCAACAAACAAUUUUUCUCCUUGGUUAUGUAAAUUGGUUAAUAGUGAAGCAUUUGUAUAGUUAUUUCUUGUUUAUCAACAUUACUAGAAAAAUGUAUACGAAUGUGUAAUUCCAUGUCGUUUGAAAAUAUAUCUACGAUCGAGCUCCCAAGUCUUCUGUGUUCACCACAAUAAACAAACUUGAUACUUAACCAACAACGAUAAAAUCCAAUAUCAAGUCUGAACCUCAGAUAUAAAAACUAUUCUUGAUAUAAAAACAUCUUACAAAGAACUGAAUAAAAUCGUGUACGCUAAUUAGAUGCUCCAGUGUCAUGCUCCAAGUUAUAGUGAGCAGCUCCACCAAGAACACCGAAAACCACGAAAAGUCUGUGUUUAUCAGAUCUUAUCAGUUCACCAUAACUUGCCGCAGGGUUUGUGGUGAGUGUAUCCAGUGUUUGUUGGCGGCAGUCUAGUGUUACAGCGAUGAUGGUCUUACUGCGGUAGUGUGGUGCUAGAGUCGUGUUGGUCUGCUCCCGUAGAUGAGCUUAAAACACCAUCAGACAGCCUGGCGCUAACGUGGUGUGAUGUUGGUCUCUUUAGCUAGACUGAAACUGUGGCACCAUCAGACAGCUUGACAUUGUUUUUUAAGACUCUUGUGGUUCUGUUGCUCCCAUCCAGUUGGCUAAGCUUGAAAUACCAUCAAAUAUACUGAAGUAUAAUAUUAUGAUGGAAUAUACUCGACACCAAUUACCCCCUAAAAAAGCAUUAUAAUGUUAGUGUGGUGAAAAUAUGCUGGAAUAUUAUACUCGACACCAGCCAGCGACCUCUCCCGGACGGAUCUGGGUGAAGACCUAACAGAGACACACACACACAAAAGACUCGGGCGUUCUUUUCCAAUUGAGUGUUUCGUAAAGAGUUUAACCAAUGAGUUAAAUAUUUCUGUGUUCACUGUACGCUGUUUAAUACUUUCCUCAAGGCCAACUCAUAUUUAUUACUCUGUGAAAUAAAAAAAAAAGCACAUAAUUAUUGAGCUUUCUGUGUAGGUUAAUAGAUGUUUAUUAAUACCAAUUGAUUUUAUAGGAGAGAAAAAUAAAAUACCACGUAAAGUCUUGAGUUUGUAAAUGGUUACAGGCGAAGACACAAUACAAGUUUUCUUUAAUGUUGCGUUAUUUUGUUGUUGUUUUUUCAUGUGAAGAAUUAUAUUAUUAUCUGCAGCUGGAAGAAG